UAGUGAUCACAACCAAAUAUAGCAAUUGAAAGAUCAUAACAUCAACAACCUUGAGUAGUUGAGUAGUCCACAAAACAAAUUAAAGAGAGAGAAAUCAGUUUAAACCCAAAAUAAAAGAUGCAGACAGGAAAGAAAGCAGUGGAGUCCGUUAAGGAGACGACUUCAAACAUCGCCGCGUCGGCUAAAGCUGGAAUGGACAAGACAAAGGCGAGUGUUGAAGAGAAGGUCGACAAGAUGAGGGCCGAUGAUCAGUAUGAGAAAGCGAUGGCUACUGAAAAAAAGGAGGAGCGUUUGACCGAGGCUGAGCUUCGUAAACAGCAGGCAAUGAGCCAUAACGCUGCUGAGAAGGAUGCUAAGAUUGCUGUAGCUGAUGCUAAUAAGAGAACCGGAACGGGUUUAUUUGGGAGUGGAAAUCCUAACACCACCACUACUACUACUGGGUCUCACACUUAUUCAACAACUGGUACUACUGGUCUCCCCACCGGGACUCACCAGAUGUCCGCUAUGCCUGGGCAUGGGACUGGUGAGCCUGGUGGUGGCUAUGUGGAAGAAGGGGCUUCUAUUGGGUCCCAUCCUAUAGGCAAGGGGACAGGGACCACUACGGCUGCGAACAGGAAUGUUGGUGGUGCCACUGGGAAUAACACCGGCUACACCGGACCUGGGUAUAAUGGUUAAUUCAUUUUAUUAGAUAGCUGCUGUGCUGUGCUUUGAUGUGGGUGUCACACUUUCUUGUAUUGUUAGAACAAGUGUGUCACAUUUUUAUGCUUUAUGUUUUAUGUUUUAUGUUUUAUGUAUGUAGGUUGCUAAUUUCAAGUUCUAUCUAGCAUAAUACGGAGUCUCCGUAUUAUGUUGCCUGUAUUUUAUUUUCAGUCAAAUAAAUUCAAAACAAAUAAGAGUUCCCUUUUAUUUUAAA